CCCAGCUUGGCAUCCUUGGACGUGAACUCAAUCUGAACUGCAGCAGACAGGAAGGGCGAAACAUCACAGUCAGGACAAAAGGGAACGAUGGUAUCGAGAGAUGAUCUCGUCUUUCUUUCUCUUCACCUCAUCAACUACUUCAGUAGCGACUGCUCUACCUCUACUCGUGGUAUACUCUCCCCCUUAUGCCUCCGCAUUACAUCGGGCCCGCCUUCCUGCUGGUCGGGCGCCUGAGAUCAAUCCCCUUCUCAACCCAGCUAGGCGCCAGGAUGGUCGAGAUAGAUCUCGACAUUGAACACAUUAAUAUGUACGGGGGGACUCUAUAUCAUCCCAUGUCCCCCAUUUCUUCCAUUGAUGCCCCUUCACCGACUCCGUGGGUCUUUCUUCUGCUGUUGGUCAUCCAUGAGGCCGUUACUCCUAAGCCUGUCGAGAUCAUUGCGUCUCCGGCUGUUUCUGUCGUUUGUAAAAAUAACCACUAUUGCGCCGUUGCUGUGCUUCUGAUGCAAAUGGUACAGGUAAUCCAAAGUGGUAUCCGUUUUGAGUGAAAAAAAAAAGUGCUGAUGAUGAGAAUCGAACAAAACAGGUGUUGGUUAAGGGGGGUGUUUAUUUCGUGGUUUCGAAGAAUCGUCCGAGGGUUCCCGGUGCG